ACAAGUUUGGCAAAACAAGAGAUGUGUUUGAUAAAGAUACACUGAUACAUGGGGAACUAAAACUAAAAUUGCUAUUUUACCAUAUUUUACCCAAAUAUGUGUUCCGCAAUGCGAGACGCUCGACCUUAUUGUUCUAUUAGCCAAUCACGUUAUAGAAAAAAGCACUCAGGGUCAGCGGACUUUACGUUCCUUUGCAAAGUAGCGAGUGUUCAAAAUCAAUGCAAAGAGAAAGCGAAAAGCAACGCAAGUGCUUGAAAACCGUCUCGCACAAGCAUUUGCUUUAAGCGUCUUGGGAGGUCUUGCUACGUACGAGAUUUCCUCAGAUUCGGAGGCUAACUGAUUAGAAUAACGAAUAAGUCGCCAAGCUAAUUUGCAAAGUCUUCUUUCAAGACAUCCAAAGAACUUGAAUGGAUUCGCCGGUGUCAAAUGCUAUGUGAGAAACACUUCGCGAAACCCCAGUUCCUACCCUGGACGGACAACAACAAAAACGCAUUUUUUUUCUCGCUUUCUCAAAAGCAAAUGCAACUUGGAUAAUUAUAGUAGUCCAAACCUGGAAGAAUUUCCUCCGUUGAUUAGAGGAUCAAUCAAUUUGCGUUGGAGAAAGAGAACAGCCGCCGACUUCUUGCGAGAUCGAAGAGUCAAAUAGUUUCCUCGGGUGAAGCUCAAAAGCGUAGGAGUGUUUCCUCCUCUGUCUGCGUCCGAGACAACACGAUUUGCUGCUUUGUACGACAACUUUUACGAACAAUUUACGCCCGUCUCGGCGUGACAAAUACAUUACAAGGAGCGUUGUCCGUCUCGUGUUUUUGAAUCGGCACUAGAAAGUGAUCAAUCGAGCUGAGUCAUGCAAACUUAUUUGGAUGCUUAAUAGACUUCUGGUGGGCUGAAAUGGCUAGUCCUCUUAGGCGAAUGAUGGGUUUGAAAGAAGAGGAACCAAGCCCGACAAACUACGGUACGCUUACAAGAGGAAGAAAGCCAAAGUUCCUUAAGAUUUUACGAAGGGCAUCGUUUAGCAAAAAGAAAAGCCCCAGUCAAAGUCCAUCUGAUAGUCCACAAAAUGAAACACCGGCGCAAAGACGGAAAUCGCAACAAGCUAGGGAUUUAGAAGACCUAGAAAGACAACACAAAGAGUUAAAAAGUGCUGCAAAAUAUUUCAGCCUUGUGAUUGAGAGAAAAAAUAUGGAUAUUAUUAUGGCUAAAGUGCCGGAUAAUGCUGCUAUUGUCCUGGAAUCCGUCAUCAGUAUUGAUAAUAUGUUGGACACUUGUAUUCGCCUACAGCAGGCGAACAAGGAACUCAUACCCUAUCGUAAAGCAGUGCACAAGUGCGUAGCCGACUUGGUGCGAUGGACAGACCAACUUUUAGUCAGAGGCAAUGUCAAAGGUGAUGUACAAGAAGGAGUUAACUUUCUUGCAGAUGUGGAGCGCAGCGUUCAGGAGCUAAUGGACGUUGCAAUUCCAAGGUUAAGGAAACAAGAACUACAAGAUGAAAUUAGAAACUCGAUUUUUCUCUUUGAAGGCAGCAAUGAAAGUAUUGUUGUCGGAGGAGAGAAUAGUGAGGAUGCAACAGCAUGGGGUAAUCGCCGUGAUUCUGGUAUAAGUGAGGGUAGCGGAGUUGGGGAUAUGCGGGAAUCCCCUCCCCCUAAGCCGCCAUUGCCUCGCACACUGUUACGCGAUUCUGGCCGUGGCUCGUAUAACUGUAUUUCAGACCAGAAUAACCAUGUAGGGCAUAACGAAUUGAGGUUCCAUUCUCAAGAGAGAUUGCUUUCACCUGAGCAUGCAUAUCGUCGUGAUUCCUUUGAGUCCCGAAAUUGUAGAACUCCUCGUUCAAUUUCUAAGGAUUCUGAACUUUCUAGCUACAGUAGUGAAAGCAUUGAGUACACCACCAGAUCGCCCAUGGGCUCACAAGAUUUGAGAAGGGGAGCUUCUCACUCCGCUAGGAGCUCUUAUGAUGGCUCUGCUGGUUCUACUGAUGAACUUGAUGGAAUGGAACACUCUGAGCAUGAUAUCAUCCCUGCAACUCUUGUAGGUGUGAUUGACAAUCAUGAUCCACCUCCUUUACCGCGGAAGAAAAAGGCAUUCCAAGUUUACAUUGAGUUGCUAGGGGGCUACACCACACCCUCAGAAGACAUCCUCAAACGCCCAACUUCUGCAUAUGAUGGGUAUGAGGAGACAUUUCGAAGGAGUAUAGUCCAUAGCGUCAGCACAGCAGCUAUCCAAGGGAGUGCAAACCAUGUAGGGUCUGUUACAAACACCCACACCCUUACAAUCUCAAAGGCUUUUUCAAAUCCUCCUCUACCACCGAAGUCACCCUCAAGGCAAGCAAACUCAGUUGAUUGGAACCGUAACAAUAGAAUGAAUGAGUCCCCCAAAAAGAAGCUUUUGUCACUUGAAGAGGAGAGUGCCAAAAAGAACAAGACUCGUGGAGGUCACUCUAGUUCUAGUAGCUUGAGUAGCACAGAUGAAGAUGAGAGUACGCCAGCUCUAGACUGCCUUGAUGUCUCACGAUUCCUUGUCUAUAGGGAUGAUGGUCAAGGAACUAUGCUAGUUGGUGGUGCUAUUGAUGCUUUGAUUGUGCAUGCAGCAGGAGCAAGUAAAACAGACAUGGUCUACUACGAAGCAUUUCUGACUACCUAUCGCACAUUCAUCUCGAGUAAAGACCUUAUCAAUAAGCUUCUCUAUCGUGAGAGAAGGUUUCGUGAAAGAGGACACAAGAAAGCAAGCCAAAAUGCUUUCUUUUUGCUACUUCGGGUUGUCGAUGAGCUUACUGGGAGGGUAGAGCGUUGUAUACUAGAGCAAUUGAUGAAAGAGGUCUAUAGACUUCUGUGCAAUGGUGACCUUUAUGUUGGUAAGAUUCUUCGUGGUAAGAUGCUACCCAAAUGUGAUAACUACUAUAAACGUGACCGUAGUAUCUCAUCACCAAUGCCCCCUCAGACACCAACAUCUUUCAACCCUGCUGUGAUCUUCAAUUUUCAUGCACAUCACCUGGCUGAGCAGCUUACUCUGAUUGAUGCCCAGAACUUUGCAGCCAUUGAAAUACCAGAGAUCUUAGCUUGGGGUAAGGAGCAAAGCGAAGGAAAUAGCCCAAACCUUACUGUGUUUACUGAGAACUUUAACAAAGUCUCUUACUGGUCUCGUAGCUACAUCCUCUCAUUUGAGAAACCUCAGGAUCGUGAGAAGGCCUACCUCAAAUUUCUCAAGAUCAUGAAGCACCUCCGAAGGUUUAACAAUUUCAACUCAUUCCUGGCCAUCCUCUCGGCAAUGGAUUGUUCAGCUGUCAGAAGGUUGGACUGGCCAAAGCACUACUUGGAUCAGCUUGCCGAAUAUACCGAGUUGAUUGACAGCUCAUCCUCGUUCAGGGCAUAUCGUGCAGCACUUGCCGAGGCACAGCCUCCCUGUAUACCUUACCUGGGUCUCAUUCUACAGGAUGUCACUUUUGUGUGUCUUGGAAACGCAGAUGAGCUGGCUGAUGGCAAAGUGAAUUUUGUCAAGCGCUGGCAACUCUUUAACAUUCUGGACACUGUUCGAAGGUUCAAACUUGUACAAUAUGAGUUUGAAGCUAAUGAGGAGAUUCGACAGUUCUUUGGUGGUUUUAACAACUACCUCAAUGAAGAUGACCUGUUUGAGAAGUCCUUAAUACUGAAGCCUAGAUCAGGCUGAGGAAGUAAGUGAUAGAGGGUGCCAUUCAAAUGUUUUUAUUAUAUGGACAUGUCAGUGUAGCAUAAACAUACAAAUCUCAAUACCGUAUGUCACACAUUUCUUGGUGCGAUAGCUCUGUUACAAAAAAGUGAAAGAAAGUUUUCUGUCAUUAUUACUACUUGAAACUAUACAUGAGUUUCAGUACAAAUAUCUGCUUUUAAAAUCCAUUUUCUUAUUAUAAUUAAGAAAUACAUAAUGGGUUUUUUGUACAUAGGGAAUUAGUGAAAUUUGACCAAUAUUAUAAAUUAUGGAUGUUUAAAGUAUUCCAAUGUUGAGACACCGGCUGUCUCCAGAUUUAAGAUUGAUCUAAAAAGAUUCAGCCUUUUGCGCCCAGUAUUUAAUACAAAUUGUUUGUAUAUUGGCAGGUUAUAGAUUAAAAAGCCUGUUUUUAUGAAAUACUAAGCAGAUUAAUAAAAUUAAUUGACAUUUUUAGUGCUUAGCUAUAUAAGGCAAUUUGUCCUGUAUGCUCAAAUCGUCUUUUAUUUUUAGCUGUCAAACAAAGGGUCUGUUUUCUUAAAGGGAGUGGUACUUCCUCGAGUAAAGAGAUGUUGGUUUUUUGCCUAAAAGUUCAGACAAUGUACAGGAAAUACAACUGACUUGUUUUAAGCCCUUAUUGCAAUGCAAAUGUCCUUCCAUCGCUAUUUGCGGUUUGUGUUUACAUUAUGAACACGAUUGAGCUUAUGACUUAUCCAUUUGAUUUUGCCGAACAUUCAGUAUUCAUAAGACAAAGUUAUCAUAACGUGUUUCACUUCGACAGAUUUUAACAUUUUAGUAGUUUGGGUUUGUUUUGUUUUUUGCUUCCUUUCAGUUCAGCCCGUUUCACACAUAGAUUUACCUAAUUAAGACAUGAUUUGAUCUAAUUACUAUUACUAUUGUUUCCUCACAGUCGAUAUAAUCGCUCGUUUUUAGGCCAUUUCUUUGUGUAGUUCAGUCUUUGGACACUUUUUCGCUUUUAUUUUGAUCAUCAUUUUGAUAACCUCGCUGGUUAUAGAUCCUCGUGAAUAAGCUGCCAUACUCGUCGUGUUUGUCCUACUACGCUACUACGCUGCUAAAACGAGGAAAUUAAAACAACAAACACAGAAGCAAAUACGCGAGGCUCUGGAACCUUAUGGCUCCAUGAAGUCAAAACACUACAGAUUUUUAAAAUACAAUACUGUAGCUUUUUGCUCGAUUCAUCACUUAUUGAUAUGUUUUGCGCGAAUUAGAACUGAGGUCGAAAAAAUCCAUGGACACUAGAACUAUUUAUAUUUUUUAUUCCUCUUAUGUUGUUACGUUAUUUUUGGUAUUUACUGUAAUGGUAAAUUCCAUUACAGUAUUUUGAGACAGUGUCUCCGUUCACGUUUUCACGAUCAAGUUACUUUGCACUAAAUUAAACUCUCGAGGUCAGGCCCAAAUAUUCAAUGAAUUUAUGAUACCCGGCAUUAGGCAAUUCUUUUGAAGGAAUCUGAUCUUUCUUUCGAUUUCUGGGGUAAUGAUCAGUUUUAUUUGCUAUGAACAAGAAAAUACCCCCUAAACCAUUAAUUUUGUAUGACAUCCUUGCAUCACGCAAUAGUAUAGAAUAACAUUCGUCCUAGGAUAAAACAAGAAAAGGAUUCACCAAACAGAUGUUCCUGCACAUUGGGUUUUACAUUCCUUUUAUCAGCUCAAUUUGAAUAGCAAAAGCACAGUUAUCUUGGGAGGAUAUUACCUAGGUUUAAAUAGCAUUUUAGAAUCUUGUUAUCGAUUUGACAGAAUGGACAAAUUGCUUUAUCGUGUUUCACAGCUGCUCCCAACGUUCUUUCAUAUGUUAUUAGAUCUUAAUUUAUUCUUAGAGCAGUUCUGUUUGUUUUUUAGCUCCAACACCUUACCGUCAAGACGACUUUAUUACAUAUUGUAUACAUUGUACUUAAAAAAAGAUUUACAUAAAUCUGUUGUAACGCCCUUUCUAUGGGUUUUUUCAUUGCGAAUAAAAAUAAGAAAAUAA